AUGUGUGCCUUGGCCUUGCUGACCUGGUUUGCAACAAUGAUUGCCGAGUAUGGAAAGCUCUUCCACUUUGCCUUGGGCCUCUCUGAGGUGCCAAGAGGGCACACCGUCUUCCAUCUGGAAGAGGAUCAGAUUGCGCUUGUCAAGCUGUCUAGGAAGCGGCUAAGCUUCAUCCUCACAACGGUCCUGGCACGGGCAACUGUCCAGUCAGUCUUGCUCUGGUAUGGAACACUCUAUCUGGUCUACACCGAAACGGUGCAAGACCUGCUCCUCAACGCGGUGGCUCUAAAGUUCGUGCUGGAGGUUGCCGAGCUGCUCUACUCAGCUUUUGCGCCGAGGCGUACGCGCACCUUCAUCCAGAGCUUGAAACCUCUUAACUUGGAGCGUCUUGGGGCCAGCCAUCACGACUGCCUCCUUCCAACAUUUUUAUUGGCGGUUCUGUGUGUCAUGCUGGCCCUGUCCUAUGUCUUUUUGCUGACCCCUGCUCUUGAAGCCCGCUCCAAGACCUGGGAAGGCUUGUGUGGCGGCCGUCAGGAUUUUGCUGUGGCCACAGAUGGUCUCGGGCGGCUUCACUACAGUCUGACCAGCGAGUACGACGACACGGGCGAGACAGAGCUGACCUCCUACGUGCACCGAGCUACUGAUCUCCUUAUCAAGGAUGCGCCUCCGGACGAGGAGCAACCUUGGAGCAUUUAUGUGUCGACCUUCGACAGCUUACGGAAGAAGGUGGACUCCCAAAGCGUGGUAGAAGCAGGUGGCACUCGUCUCUGUGAGGAUGGGGACAAUCAGGAGGGUAUCGAUGAGUGGACCCACAUGGGGCUCCAAAUUCUGAAGAUGGUGACUCACAAUGACUCCUUGACAGACUGUGCUUCUGUCGUGCCCUACUGCACCCAGGUGGGCAUUGCUGGCUUGCGGAGUCGGCAGUGGUGUCCCCUGAGCUGCGGCUGUGCAGACCCGCUUGGCGGUUUGCUGCUCGACAGGGUGACGAAUGGCUGUCCGGCCGCCUGCUCCCAGAAAUUGGCCUCUCUCGCAGAGGGCAUCCAGUGCAAGGAUGGUGAACUGAACGAAACGACGCAGUAUGCACUCGGCGCAAAGGCACUCUUUACUCAGAAGGGCUUCCAGUCCAAAUCCCUGGAGCUCCUGGCAGACCGCAUGCUGGACCAGGGAUGCUUUGCCGUUGCUUUUGGAGGCAGGGCAGGCAUGGACUUUUGCAUUGGCAGCAGCACACUGAGGGUUAACACAGUGAACUUCCGCACCGUGAAGAUGGUGUGUCCUGUGGCUUGUGGCUGCGAUGGCAGCGGUCUGCCGGGCCACAAGCGAGAUAUGGCCACAGUGGGAGCCGUCGGAACCGGACUUCGGAUAACAGGAGUCUGCGAAGAGCAAGGCUGGCUGAACGAGACUCGUUUUGCCCCACAUGGUGCUGCGGGCAGUGGAGCACCUGUCUUUCUGAAUGAGGAAGGUCAGAUGUAUUUGUAUCAUGGGCCGCAGUGUGCAGCAGGAACCAUUGGAUCGCGUUGGAUCUUGUCCCUUGGCAAAGUCGGUCAGAAGUAG